AUGGCCGACCAAACCCUAAUUCCACCCCCUCCAGGACCACCACCGCUAUUGAACGAAGACCAACUCCUUCAUCUUGCGCAGCAAGGCUGGCUAUUCCUCGAGCUACCGGAAGCGUUAGCCCAGAGCACCACAGACCUAUUGGGCCGCUCGGCCGCAUAUUUCGACGCCUCGGAGGUGGAAAAGAAUUCUUUAUACCCGUCUAAACAAGGCACCGAGUUUGGGUACUAUCAUGUUGCAGAUGAGAAGGAAUACAUCACGUUCCGCUGUCGUGUGCAUAGCAAUGCAACUUCGAAUGCAAGCUCUCCGGCGCAGCUGGCCACAAGUCUCGAAGCCAGCACCGCAAAAGCCUGGCACGAUGCUGGACUCCUUCUAUUCCGAAUCUUAUGUGAUAUUGCUCGAGCCAGUGAUCUAGAUCUCUCUGUAUGGGAUGAUAUCCUGGACGGCACUCUCACCAUACCAGACUCUAGAGACGAAAUGACCUACACGCUCAUGCGACUAUUUCGCUAUUUUCCCUCCACUGGGCACGCCGAAGAACACACAGACCUUGGCUUGCUGACCGUCUGCAUAGGUGAUGGCUCCGGACUGCAAGUUUUGGAUCGAUUCAAUUCGUCUACAUCGAAUUCUGUCUGGGUUGAUGCUCCUGUUGGAACCCGCACGGCCACAGUCUUGGUUGGCCAGACGUUAAGGACACUCUCGGCUCGAUCCAUGAAUGCCGGAGCACACAGGGUCGUUGGCAAUUCACAAGGAAGGCACAGUGUUGUAUUCGCUCUCAGACACUCAACGAGGCAUGGUAUCGAUUUCAGCCUGUUCGGCGGCGAAGGAAGAGUCCCCUCGACGGAGUUGUGGAAAACCGUGCAGAUCGGUAAAGUCAAUAUCAAUACGGCCAAGGAGGCAAGAGAGAUGCAGCGACAAAAGUUGCGCCUGGCAGGACAAGAGGCUGAAGUCGUCGUAAACCCUCAAAUGGGUCAUGGGUAG